GGUGGAUUAGGUAAACGACACUUCCGGAUCAACAGGUUUUCAAUUUGUGGAACAGUUUAUGGUUCGAUUCCUUUAAAGUUAAGAUUCACAGUUUGUUUUCUGUGUGUCAGCCUCAAAACGAGAAAAGAUGCAGACGAUCAGAAACUACUUCCGGACGCCCUGGUCCUCUGACGUCCGACUGGAUGACAGGACCGUGGUGAUCACCGGAGCCAACACCGGGAUCGGUAAAGAAACGGCCAUGGACCUGGCAAAAAGAGGGGCGAAGGUCAUCAUAGCGUGCAGGGACAUGGAGAAAGCAGAGGCCGCUGUUAAUGACGUCAUCGAAAAAUCCGACAACAAGAACGUCCGCUGCAUGAAACUUGACCUGUCAGAUACCAAGUCCAUUAGAGAAUUCGCUGAAGCCAUCAACAAAGAGGAGCCCAAACUCAAUAUCCUCAUCAACAAUGCCGGCGUGAUGGUUUGUCCUUAUGGGAAAACAGCAGAUGGCUUUGAGAUGCAGAUCGGUGUCAAUCACAUGGGUCACUUCCUGUUGACACAUUUGUUGCUGGACCUGAUGAAAAGAUCGGCGCCGGCCAGGAUAGUCACCGUGUCCUCCAUGGCUCACUCCUGGGGCGCCAUCAAUCUGGAAGACAUCAACAGCGAGAAGGGUUACAACAAGGGCAAAGCUUACUCCCAGAGCAAGCUCGCCAACAUCCUGUUCACCCACACGCUCGCCAAAAAACUAGAAGGCACGGGUGUGACCACGUACUCCCUCCACCCCGGUGUCGUCCAGACAGAUUUGUGGCGCCACCUCAGCGGCCCCCAGCAGUUCAUCAUGAGGAUGGUCAGUCCCUUCACCAAAGACUCUGUGCAGGGAGCUCAGACCACCAUUUACUGCGCGGUGGAGCCGACGCUGGAGAAGGAGAGCGGUGGAUACUACAGUGACUGUGCUCCUGCAGCCUGCUCAGCAGCUGGGAAAGACGACAGCGUGGCUCAGAAGUUGUGGGACCUGAGCUGUAGUCUUCUCUCCAUCACGUGAAAAUGGGUCCGUCUGGAUUUAGAAUAAAAUCCCGGAGUUUACAUUCUGAUCUGAUGGGUUUUCUUAUGUUAACGGUCAUUUAUAUUUCGAUAUAUGUUAACACAUGUUUUUCAACACUUCUUGUUUGUAUUUGUUUUACUUAUGUAAGUUCAGUAUGAUGCAUGGAACUGGAAGUAUUUAUAAUAAAGAAACUACUGAGAUAAGUUUA